UUAAAAGAAAAUAACAAGAGAUUCCUUUGAGAACUUGUGAUUGUUGUGAACAUUCAAACAUAGAAUGACAUUCAUCCAAUCUGUUAAUCUGUUUAACCCUUAUAAUUACAUGUUCUAGAUACGAUUAGUAUAUAUUUAUUUUUAUUCUUUUUGGAAGAUGGAAGAAAUUGAGGUUUGUACUGGAGAAGAAGAGGCGCAGCAAUAUACUCAGAAUCAAGAAGACUCUUUUGUUUGGGACCAAAAUUCCCAGCUUUACUAUCAUGCCAGAAGUGGGUUUUAUCAUAACCCAAAUGAAGGGUGGUAUUACAAUACUAGAGAUGGAUUUUACUACAAAUUUGAGGAUGGAAAUUAUAUACUCUUUGAUUCCUAUAAUAAGGGUUAUCAAUCAGAAACUGAAGGCCAGGGUGAAUCUCAGCUGCAAGCUGAAUGUAAGCAGGAAUAUGAGCUAAAUUACCAAGAAAAUGAUGAUGCAGCUCAGCAAAUAGCAGGCGAGUGCACUAGCAGCGAGUUGCAUGGAAAUCCUCCACCGUCAGAAUGGUUAGAAGAGACAUUAAUUGAACUAUAUUUGUCGGGCUAUCAAAAUACAGCGUCUAAUCCCACUGAUUACCAGCAGUUUCCUGAGGAAACAAAUGAUAAGGAUGGUUCUGUGUCCACAGUUGAUGGAAACAAAAAAUUGUAUGGAGAUGGAGAUGAUGAGUUGAGUAUGGACCAUUACACUGCAAUGGAUUCAAGUGAUAAUUUCAUGAACGAAGAAGCUUCUUGGGAAGAAGAAAGCUGGCAGGCUCAAUAUGGUCAGGUUGUCCAACCGCAAAAUGAUUUUGGGACAGAGUUUCACAUUAUAGAUUUGUGGGAUUGGUCAAUGGAAAGAGAGAUAAAAAAGGAAGGAACCUUCCCAGUGGCUAAGCUGGUUGGGAGAUUAGUGCAGCCUUCUUCCAAGCUUCAUCCUUCCAUGCCUUCUCAUGGUCGUCGUUUGAAAACAGCUCCAAUAUGCAAGGCUCGUCUUGAUUUGGUGCAGGUUAGAUCAGGGCAAGUGUAUAAGCUGCGGACCCCUAGUGCAAGAUAUUUAGCCACGUUGUUGAAUUAUGAUGCUUCUAAUCCAACCAGUGACUGGGGAUUUCCUGAGCUAUCAACUGAAGGGACUAAUAAAACAUGUGGUUCCAAAACAGCAGUAAAAGAUAUUGCUCAGCAGUAUACAAGUUCAUGCCAUGAUCCCCCUGUUAAUGAGAAGCACAAAACCAAUGUAUAUAGGGACAGAGCUGCUGAAAGAAGAGCACUGCAUGGCAGUUUUGGCGCAGCCCCUGAGCAGAAAAGGUCAGCUGAUGAUGCUAGUCCACCUCCAACUGAGGAAGCAGCAGCUGAAGCCUUGGAAAUGUCCCUUGGAGCUGGUAGUUAUGCCCAAAAAAUUCUGAAAAAUAUGGGCUGGAAAGAGGGCGAAGGACUUGGCAAAACUCAACAUGGGCUGAAAGAACCUUUACAAGGCAUUGGAAAUAAAGGUACUGCUGGGUUGGGGUGGAAAUCUAGAUGAAGUAAGCAAGCAAUGACUCAAAUUAAAAGACUUCUGGUAUAAGUUUGACGAUUUAUCUCUGGCAGUUAGGUCAUGAGACUAGCACAGUUUGUGCUGCCGAAUCCUACCAAAGCCUGGGUGCCUUAGUUUAGCGUUAGUUUACUUGGAAACUGUUGGAUGCAGUAUUAUUUGUAUUAUUGCUCCUAUAUAGGACAUUUGACUAAGAUUACUUGUGUCAUCAGUCAUAGAUAAGAAAGUGGAGUGGCAUGUUCUACACAUUUGCUAAUUGCUUAAAGGUAAGAGUGUAGAUAUUUGGAAGGCACCUUAGAUUGUACUGAGAAACUUUUGCAAGCUUUAGUUCAGAUUGUGCAAUAUAAUUAACUCCCAACAUACACAUUCUAUCAAA